AUGCACUGGACUGUGUCCCGGAGAAUGUACUGGUCUGUGUCCCAGAGAUGCGUACAUCCACCAGAGAACACCAGGAGAAUCCACUGCUCUGUGUCCUGGAGAUGCGUACAUCCACCAGAGAACACUAGGAGAAUGCACUGCUCUGUGCCCCAGAAAUGCGUACAUCCACUAGAGAAUGCAUUGGUCUGUGUCCCAGAGAUGCGUACAUCCACCAGAGAACACCAGGAGAAUGCACUGCUCUGUGCCCCAGAGAUGCGUACACCCACUAGAGAACACCAGGAGAAUGCACUAGUAUGUGUCCCAGAGAUGCGUACAUCCACCAGAGAACACCAGGACAAGGUCAAGGAUGAGAAAGUAAAACAAUUGGUUAGGACAGAUGACAAUGACUUUAUGCUGAAAGGUAAAACAAUUUAGAGCUUGCUGCAAAUUAUGUAUUUCAGAAGCAAUCAAAAUAAGAGGAGAGGAGGAAUCCCAAAUUCUGAGCAUUAACCCAGUUACUGGGCAAUGAGUGUAAACAGCCAGCACAUUUCAGCACAGCCGUUUUAAUGCAAGAACAUUUUAUUUAUUUUCUAAAUUAUCUUUAUUCCAGUUAUCCACCGCUUAACUUUGUAAUUAAUGCAGUGACCCCAAGUUCUUAACCAUUUUCUUCUCUUCCAUGUUAGGUUACAAGACUUUGUGCUGCCGCAGAAAAUACAGAAAGCUACUACAAAACCUGAAACUUCAACAAGAGAAGCAAAUUGCUCAGGAGGAGGCUGAGAGGGAACACAAGAGACAGCAGGAACAGGAAGCCCGUAAGUACCUCAUUGUCAUCAGUUUGUGGCAGUUGGUUGCAGGACGUAGCCACAUGCCUGGAAUGAGCUUGUUUCCUUAUUAAAUGUUUGACUACUAUUUAGGGUCUGCCAGCCGUCCAGUUCCCAUUCCACGAAAACGAGCUCCCCCAGCUAAGCCUUGCUCUGUGUCAGAAGCCACUUUAAUAGAGCCACCAGUACCACGUCCAAGGAGCCGUCUUAUCGAGGUACAUUGUGAAGUAUGUCUGCAGACUUUGUGGCGCGAGAGGUGGCUUGCCCAGUGUGGGAGGAAGGCGAGACUUGCAGAGUGUGGGAGGAAGGCGAGACUUGCAGAGUGUGGGGGGAAGGCGAGACUUGCCGAGUGUGGGGGGAAGGCGAGACUUGCCGAGUGUGGGGGGAAGGCGAGACUUGCCGAGUGUGGGGGGAAGGCGAGACCUGCCGAGUGUGGGGGGAAGGCGAGACCUGCCGAGUGUGGGGGGAAGGCGAGACCUGCCGAGUGUGGGGGGAAGGCGAGACCUGCCGAGUGUGCAGAGGAGGAAGGAUGCAUGGUUUGCAGAAUGGGUAUUGGAGACAAGUAGUGUAACGGCACCCCCAGGCAUAAAAAGGGUUAAAAGCCGUUUAGUAGAUAUUCCCUUCCAGAGACACAGGCACAGCUACUGUAGACACCCAUACACCGAACCGGAGAAGCAUAUGAAUGCUCUCAAACAUACGAAUACUGUAAACUGCCGAAUAGGAAAAACCAUACGAAUAGGUUUACACUCCUAGCAGUCAAACUGGAACAGCAUACAAUAAAUCCCCCCAAGAACGAGACAAGGCUCUGUGUUGAGGGUCAAGCAGGAACAGACAGAGCCGUGGGUUUAUUGUUCUUAUAUACACAUUCUUACACAUUAGUACCACCCAUAGGGUUUUGGAAAACAACCAAUAAACACAUACAAUACACUCAGACACUCCCACACAAAAUCCUCCCCUCUGCCUGUGAUACAAUUACCUUACACAAUGGGUAAUAUAAUUAUCACCAGCAGAGAAAUACAGUUUUUCCACAUUAUUCAUAAUUUUAAAAGUAUGCAUCACAUUCACGUAUAACUUACAUUUUCAGAAUCAGCAUACUCCAAAUACAAACAUACGUCAGAAUCAUACAAAUUGGUCCAGUGGUUCAAAAAAUAGAUUGUAGUCCUUUGUGACCAAAUGAAGCAUGUCUUUUUUGCCCAAAACCAGUUCCACAGAGUCUUCUAUCAUUGAGAUAAUCGGGAAGUAAUCCAAUUAUCUCCAAGGGCAGAGGCAAAACUCCAUUGAACACAUGGCAGCAAAAGACAAUAAAACACAUAAAAAUAUAUAACUGUGCAGCCAUUGCACAAAACAGGUACAUUCAACAUAUCCCCAGAUAGCUCAGAUCUGAGCGCACAUUAUUACUGAAUGGCACUCAGAGCACACACAUACAGUUCAAUUGCCAUGGAGCCAAAGUCUUUCAUUAUACGAAUGGGCUCCAUGGCAUAGCUAUCUGGGGUAUCACCGCUCAAACAGGGCAAGCACCGAAUGGCCCGGCUUUCGUGUCUUUGCAGGAGAAAAUCAAGCGUUUCAACAUGGGGCCAUAGUCUAAAGGCAGCAGGCGGACAACCAGGCUCCUCCAGUGCACAGUGGUAAGAUUGGUCUUCGAGAGAAAUAGACUACAUGGAAGGAGAUGUUCUGCAAAGUGUUGGAGGGAUCUAGUGAUAGUCUCUAUAAAUUAUCUCCAGGCACAGUCAACUGUCUUUAACACGAGUCCAGCAGCUUUUUGCGUCAUGUGACUAUGUGACCUGGAAAAAUGUGCCCUCUUCCAUAUAUUGUCUAUAUGCUCUUUAAGCAAAAAUCUUCAUGAUGCUGAGGGUUUGCACUGGGGAACAGAAUAAUAUACUCCUAAUGUCUGGAUAAAUAUAUUGAUCCAUUUUUAGUUUGAUAAAUCGCACUUGGUUUCUUGUAGCUCUCUCCAUUUGAUAAUCCGAAACCUGCUAUUACUCGGGAUCGUCGCAGUGCGUCACAGGCAAAGGACGGAGAGAAGAAGAUGAUGCAGAGACGCAAAACUUUGCUCUGGUUCCGAGACACGCAAGCCCAGAAGGUGAUAACUGACGGAGAAUACCCACCAUGGCUACAUGGCAUGAUAUCUCGCAGGUAACACACAAAGAAAACUUUACUGUAUGACGCUCGGUGUGAUAAUACACCGUACCCUCUGAUUAUGUUAUAAGCACACUCUGUAUAACGCUCGGUGUGAUAAUACACCGUACCCUCUGAUUAUGUUAUAAGCACACUCUGUAUAACGCUCAGUGUGAUAAUACACCGUACCCUCUGAUUGUUAUAAGCACACUCUGUAUAACGCUCAGUGUGAUAAUACACCGUACCCUCUGAUUGUUAUAAGCACACUCUGUAUAACUCUAUGAUAAUACACCGUACACUCUGAUUGUUAUAAGCACACUCUGUAUAACGCUCUGUGUGAUAAUACACUGUACCCUCUGAUUAUGUAAUAAGCACACUCUGUAUAACGCUCGGUGUGAUAAUACACCGUACCCUCUGAUUAUGUUAUAAGCACACUCUGUAGAACGCUCGGUGUGAUAAUACACUGUACCCUCUGAUUAUGUAAUAAUCACACUCUGUAUAACGCUCGGUGUGAUAAUACACCGUACCCUCUGAUUAUGUUAUAAGCACACUCUGUAUAACGCUUAUUGAUGAUAAUACACUGUACCCUCUGAUUAUGUAAUAAGCACACUCUGUAUAACGCUCGGUGUGAUAAUAUACUGUAUAUCUGUUUACACAGUAAAGAUUACAAUCUGCUCUGGCUGUAAUUGUAUCUUGUAUUUUUUUCUCUUCAUUUAGGGAAGCUGAGAAUUUAUUGACUGAGAAGCAUUUAGGCGAUUUUCUUAUUCGGAUCAGCCAGAACCGCACUGGAUAUAUUCUGAGUUACAAGUUUGUGUCUUCUAAAAACAGAUUAGUAUAUGAUAAUGUUUACCUGUCUCCAAAUAUGUGUAUGUGGCUCUUUCUUUUUGUCUGGUUUGGGUGAUCUGUCUCCCUCCCAGUGUCAUGAAAUACUCACUGCAGACACAUCAUGUCACUUGCAUUUUGAAUUGCAAUUCCACGACUUGAACACGCCCUGUGGCGGACAACCCAAUGGGAAGAGGGGUUUUGCCGCCAGAGAUGUUCUUUUCCCCCAAUCCAAGUAGAGCUGGAAUGAUCCUAGAAGCGAUGAUCCUAAAAUGUAGUGAAAUUGCUGUUAUCGUUGUUCCCUACAGACUCGAGACAAGGCUCUGUUUUGAGGGUAAACUGGAACUGGUUUAAUGGGAGCCACAGCUGUCCUUUAAUGCAAGUCUCCAUGCAAGGGGUUUCUGGUGACACAUUCCAGGGGCAUUCCCCACUGGACCUGAGAGGGGACAGCAACAUAAGCGCACACACAAUUCCAUUACCUCUCUGGUCCAGGACAAGUAUUGUAUCAACAGUAUUGUAUCAACGGAUAGCCUGGCCCAACAUAUGUCGAAAUCACUCAGAUCCCAUGAAUAUAGCCGAAAUGCCGCCGGGGUAUAGUUUAGACUAACCGCAUACGAGGCUCCUGCCCAAAAUAGAUCCUCGAAAUUAGGCUGUGCAGUCAGUCUAUUUCGGGAAUUUCAAACACAGUUAUAUACUUAUAUUUGUGUUCGUUGUAGCGGAACGCCAAUAUUAAAUCCACAAAUUCCGCUGGUUCAGGAAGUAAUCCACAGUCAAGCGCUGAAACAACAAGGCAAUAUCCCCAACCUCCCAGUAACCGGACGAGACACAGUUCUGAGAGUCAACUGACAUCCUUUAAUUCGGCUGCACAAUUUAUACAAGUCCCCAUGCAAGGGGUUUCCUGAGUCCCUUCCCAGGGGCACUCCCAGAGGGGACUACAUGGGGGACUUACAUUACAGCAUAUUUCUCCCAUCAGGCACUGCUGCACGAGAGGGGUCCUCCUCCCAGAACCCACCGUUCAGUGGAUUAUCCCCUCGUGCAGCAGAACCGACAAUUUACACAAAAAUCCAUAACUUUGUGAAUAUACGGUGGAUUUACACGAAUGGACGUUCGGUAGAUAGCUGGGGUCUGAGCACAUCAUUCGUGAGAUUACCGCUCAGAUCCCAGCUAAAAUAACCGAACGCUGCACGAAAAACACAUUUCUUAUAAAACAUAUAAAAAGAACCGAUUGCUUGCAGGGAACAAAAUACCGAAUGGCCCGAAACUCCCAAACGUCCUGGAGGCUCAGCGGUGUUCGUGCCGUCGAGUAGCCGUUUUAGUACCAUGCGCUCGACGACCUAGCACCGCUGAGGGAACAAAUGAUCCAAGAUGGCCGACCGCCGCAUGGUCGGUAGUCGAACGACGGCCACCCAGGAGAGCCUCUAAUUACCGAUUGCAACAUUGUUGCAAUCGGUUAACCAGCGCCACACGCCUCUAAGUGUGUGGGCUAUUAGGGGUAUUGCGUUCGGUUCACGAACGGCCCUCCAAAGUGCCGUUCGUGAAACGAAAGGAAAUCCCCAUACAAACCGCCAUUUGCAUUCGGCAGAUGGCAAAUACAGGCAAUUCAGACAAUACAUGUAGCAUACAACAUACAGCGAAAAGCACAUAUCUCCCCAGACCUAUAGGCAACCCUUAAAGGUAUAGUCUCUGGUUAUAAUCCAAGUGGCUGGGUUUGCCACAAUCGUGAAAUACCUUGUGAUUGGAAUUAAGUCAGCGUGGUGUGCCGGAACCGACGGAGGGGGUAGGCCUGUAAAAGAGGGCCCCCCAAAUGGAUUGUAUAAGAGGGUGAGGUGGGUGGGGUGAACUGCGUGCGUUAAGGCAAGGUAGGAAGGGCGGAGUAGCGUUUAUAUAGGAACGCUAACUCCUCCCACAAAUACAGGCCUUCGGCCUUAAACUUGUGGUUGGUUAAUAUAGUUAUCGUGAAAUACCUUGUGAUUGGAAUUAAGUCGGCAUGGUGUGCCGGAACCGACGUAGAGGGUAGGCCUGUAAAAGAGGGCAAAAGGAAAUGCAAGAAACACACUUAUUGCAAUAUAAUUAUCCCAUAAGAUUCGUUUGCCUUACCUCUUAUGCGUUGUGGAAUGUUUCUGUAUAACGUAGCUGAUUUCCAGUGAACCUAAUUUAUUAUGUGUACCGGCAUACUGCUACUGGAUGUGGUACUUAUUGAAUGGAUGUCCUAAAUAGGAGUCAGGGUCCCAACCUAAUCUAAUGCAAGGAGUACGAAUGUAGAACCACAUUUAGAAGUAGUUAGGGGAUUAUUUAGUAGAUCAAGUGUCUUGAUUGUCUGGUUUGGAUGUUGGCGUGACAUGAGGUAGUGUCUGUACCUUCUUAAAUCUUCCUUGAGGAAACAUGAUUUGCCAGUUUGAUUAGCUGUGAUCGUGAAGUUACUCUCAGAACCCUUGGAAGGUUAAAGGCAUAGAGGUUUAAGACCAGUUUUGUGUGGUACACAUGCUGUUUAGGGGGUCUGAUACCGCCCGGAAUUCCAAUCUAUGGAUGUAUGUUAUUGUGGAGUGAUGAACCAAUUAUUUAUACCUUGAUAUCUUAUGGUAUGCAUUUAAGAAGACAGGUAUGGUUUGGAAUGCUUGUCAGAAUGUGUUGUUGUAUGUCUGAUUGGUAUAGUGCGAUAAUUGUUGUAUGAAGGUUUGAAUGAAAGGUGGCAAAAAAUGUGGCAUAAUAGACUACAGUUUGAACGGUAAGCUUGUGGAUGUUGUGUUCCACUGAGUCUUGGAAGAAUGUCACAUCUCUGUCGUAUGUAUCUUUAGUGAAAGCGAAUAACGCUAUAGGUGAUAACUUGUUGUCAAGCCCCAAUAGCCGGCCGACCGGAUGGGGACAUUGAAAUGCGUAUUGUGCUCGGGUGUUCGUCAGUUGGGUGAGGUACGAGACAGAGUGUCUUUUGGCCAGUAAUCCCUCAAAUGCUUCAACCCAGGAUAGUGGUUUCAUCUGUACAAAAUAUUGGGAGUUGGUUGGAAUCAACACAGAAACCCAAUUCCGAGUUCUAAUGACUCCCCCCACCUGACCAGGACUGUCUUGCCUGAGGAUCUAAUAGCACUCUCUCCGUCAGGCAGACCUGGUAACGAGCAGAACAGUAACUGAACGAACUGCCCAGCGGGAUAGUGCGCAAAGUGACGUUCAAGAAUCCGGCAAUGAUUGCAGGUCUUUCAAUUUCAAGUUCCCUGCUGAAGGGACUUGUUCGUCUUCAUGACUGCACACGAUCUUACCCUCAGGAGACUUGACUGUAUGGUACCAUAAUUGGUAUGAACCUAUGACAUGAAGCCUGUGAGAGAAUUAGGGGGAUGAUAUGAGGGAGUUAAGGCAUAGGUUGCGACUGAAUGAGGAGCAGGCAGAUCAAUGAUGAGAAGUUGUUUAUUAGAGUAUUGCUGGUAGUUUACAGUACAUGAUACGUGUUUAGCCGAGGAGAAUGGAACAUAUAGGGUGUCUACUGGGAGUGACCCCCCCCACCCAACGUGGAACCCAUGUGUAAUGAUUUAAUCACCAUGUGUGGGGACGGAUGUGACUCAUGCAUGACGACAAAGCUUAUUUCCCUCUGUACUCAUGACAUUUGAUAUAAUAUAUACGGGAAGAUGGUUUUGACAUGAGCCCCGAGGAAUAUGGCUCAUACGUGAAGCAAUUCGCAGUUGGUAGAACUACAUAUGCCUGUGUUGAAAUCAACACAAAUUAGCGUGUGAGUACUCAAAACGUGAGGGGGGGGGGUGAAAGGUGAAGCGGGGGGCCAACCUUGCACGUUGGUGGGAGUAAAUGUGUUUAUGGACCCUACGGGAGGAGGGCCUGUCUGAGCCUGACUGGUGCUCUCUAAGUUAGACAGUCUAUUAUUGAAGGACUGAAGCGUAGCCAGAAUGGAGUUUAGGUCUCCUAUAAUGUCUGAGAUUUCUCCUUGUGAGCUGGUCCCCCAACAUAGAAUUCUCAGUGGUUGUGCUAGGGAUGGAUGGUUCUUGUCUGAUGUUGCCUUCUUGGGACAUACUGAAAAAGAAUAUCACAACAAUGAACUGAUUAAUAACAAUACGGUUGAGAAAUGUAGAACUGACUGGCUAACUAGUGCCGAAGCGAAAAGCUCUCUACCCCGUGACAAGUGAGGCCCUGCUAGUUGCCAAGCGGCUGGUCAGAUUUGGGCGUGGGGCUCGUGGUGGCGCUAUAGACCCGAUAGAAGGAUGAUAGGAGGGUAAAUGCGAGGCUCUAACUAUGAUUUGGGCCGAUGGGCGAAUCUCCGAUUUGAGAUUGGGGGGUUGGCCUCGCGGGACCAGCUACGUUGUAUAGCCAGUUCUCUGACCCUAGACGGGAGCUUGAUGAGGGAGUAAUGUAAUGUAUUGGCAUGUCGAGAUGUGAUUGUGAAAGCAACCUUGAGGCCAAUAUGUUAGAAAAGAAAGAAAAAGGAAGGGAGAGAAAGGAAGAAGACAGAAGAGGAAAGGAGCUGUAGUGGAGUGAGAGGAGAGAGAGAAAAUUAUGUUUAGUACCGUGUAGUUCUUAGAGACAUAGCUGACAGUAUUGUAUACUUAGAUCCUGAGGGUGCUGAAGGGUGCAGGGUAAUAUAGUAGCUCUGGUAGCUACUAUAUUACCCUGCAAGGAGAUUUAGGAAGGCGUCGUGCCAUGAAAGCAUGAUAGUACGUGGCUGAAAGUGGAAGGUGAAAUGAGCAAGGUUUGUUAGAAACAGGAUGAUUGUUUAGAGAUAGUGAGUUUGAAUAAAUGUACGACGUGUUAAUGAGUAGAGCCGUGACUUGUCAAGGCAAGGCGGGAAUCAAGCCCCCUGUACCCUAAUACCCCAUUGUGUAAAUGCGUGGCCUUGUUGAGGCACUUGAUUGAAAAUGUGAACGAAAAGUGUUUAUACCUGAUAGAGGCAGGAGACAAUAAAGAACCAGCUACUGUCUACUGGUAGAAUGCCGUCCGCAACCUGAAAUUAAGGUGCUGUUUUAGAAGGGAAAUUAUAUCCUUUAGGUGACGUCUAAAUAUAUUUAGUCUUCUCUUAAUUAGUAGUAUUAAAUUACGCCAAUCAAGUAAAUUAACUAACAGAUUUUUAGCAGUCAGUAAUAGGCAAUGUUACAAACUCAUGACAGACAAGCAUUAUGUUGAUUCCUUGUAUUAAUAUUGCUUCGGUACUUGAAUUCUGUACCCAACUCCCGAACGGAUCACUUACGAUUCGUCAAACGAAUGACGGGCCACCCGGCCCCUGGCGUGUGCCGCCACUUGACCUCGAUCACCUUUCAAAACACCGAACGACCGACCACCAUGAGAGGGGAGUGUGCCACCACUUAAUCGCCCAGAGAGCUGCGGUUUGCGGUUAACCGCAGGUUAAUUGACGGCCCGAGCCUCCACGUUUGUGCCUUAUUUCCCGAACCUAACUACCGAAAGGGGGGCACGAACGGGGACCACCUACAGCCUGGCUUGUGGCCCCAAUUAGAAUGUUGAAUGUUGCGGUUAACCGCAGGUUAAGGGCCACUUCACGGCGGUCUACGUUCGUCUCCCGAACAGCUGAAACAUCCAGCCAGAGAGCGGGGAUUCGGGCACAGCUCUGGCCGUUACUAGUUCCACGAGGUUGAUGCCAAGGUCCCGCUGCCUAUAGAUUUCCCCAAAAACAUGGCCGCCAUCCCCGGCUCAGAACCAACUAUGCGAACGGACUUUGCAACGAAGAAACUAAGCAUAUGGUUCGUGGGUUUGGAGCGCUCUUCCGUGAACUAUUGCACCUGAAGCUGAGCCAUAGAAUGAGUGGUGGAAGUCCCGAAGUAUGGCUGAAAAUGUUGAAGCUAUAUAUUUUUAACCUUUUUGUUAUGUGUAAUAAAAACGUGGUAUUGUGGGUGCUUGGAGAUAAUCAUAUUGUUAUAUCCAUUGGACUCAUUAUCUCCAAGCUGGGUGGUAACAAAUUCAAACGAUGCAUGUUAUUCUGAUUGGUUGAUACAUUGUAUUAUUCCUGUAUCCCAUCAGGUCCAGAGGAGGCUGUCCCUGGACCUGAGAUUUUGCAUAAAUACCAAUCCCUGUGUGCCAUUAAAGCCAGUUCUUGCUUGACCUUCAAAUCGCAGCCUCGACUCGUUUUGUGGGGACAGGGUAUCCUAGCUGUACCAUAGCUAGUGGGAAUGUUCUACAUUUACAGGAUUCUUCUGGACCUCUAACUGAAGCGGCUUCUCUCGCUCUCACCACUGGUAUCCAGAUCAUCCACGCGGUCCAACUUCCAGCUAGCCUGGGAACAACCGUAACAGGUAACCUCCAUAUGAAUUAGGACAACAUAUAUAAGUGUAAUGGAGAUUGUUUGAGUGCAAAAUGACAAACUUAUUCGACUGAAUCAUCUGACAACAAUGUUUUAAUGUAAUGAAGUGAUAAUGUUGGACAACUUAGGGGCAUUCUUACCCGGAGUGGGUGGGGGGUGUAAGGAAUGAAAGUUGUUAAAGGAGUUUAGGACAUUUAUUGCAAGAUAGCUCCUGACUGAUUAACCGCAGCUUAAUUGACAAUGCUGGGUGGCCUUUGUUCGUUUGCCAAACACGUGACAGCGGCCAUCUUUGUUCAUUUGCACGAGGUCAGCGGUAUGUGUAGCCAAAUUCAUGGAACUAAAAUCGGCUACACAUUUCAAUGAACACCGCUGGCCUGUACCUUCUCCCAUACUGAACUUUCAGCUGCCCGAUGGGACUUAGUCGUUUUUUCAGCCUAAAAUAAACUGACCGCACAACCCAAAUCUAUGGAACUGUUUUGGGCAGGAAAAUGUGCUUGCGGCCGGUCAUAAAGGACUUCCGUCUAACUUUUUAUGGUUAUGUUUAUAUUUAAAGUUUGCUGAUUAAUAAUAUGUAACUUUUAUGAAGAUUGGAUGUGUAGUUUUAAAGUUACAGUGUAUGGGUAAAAACUGUAUUUUUCCUGCCUGUGUUAAUUAUGUUAAACCAUUGUGUACCAUAAUUAGAUCACAGGCAGAGGGGGAGGAUUUUGUAUGUAAUUGCUGGGAGUGUUUCUGUAAUGUACGUGUAUAAUUGGUUGUUUUGGCCCUAUCUAAGGGAAACCUGCAUAAAAUAAAGCCCUGUGCGUGCCAGUAAACAGAAUGACUUGACCCUCUAACUUGCAGCCUUGACUCAUGUUUGUAGGGGACAGCUAUAACCAUUACAAUGAUUGCUAUGCUCUUCAUACUUCCUUAGCUACUGAGCUCUUGUAAGAGCUCUUGUUCCUGAUCCUGCUUCGCUCUACAGAAGGAAGAGGUUCACCUACUGGAGGCUGGUCGUAGGUCCAGGGUGGAUAGCAGAUGGUGAGAUCCUAGCCCAGCAGCAGCGGUUCGUUGAGUCUGCAGUGCUUAUGGUGUCUACGGUGCUGAUGGUCAUUUGGUGAGCGCUAGGAGCAUCCUUUCUAUGGUCCAACUUCUAGCCAGUCUGGGUUGAUGCAUUUCGUAGGAACGACCACGAGGUGGGAGCCAUCUUAUGCCCACGAACGAAGGUAGCGGUGUUUGGGCAUCAAAUCUUCUGAAACUAAAAUCGGACACAGAAACUCCUGAACGCCGCUGGACUUCCAUCAUCGCCUGCGUUCGUUUCUAUAUGACUCAGAAGGGCCAGACCAGGCUUCCCCAAGCACUAGGUUCCAAUGGGGGAACCUCUCUUCCUCCCAGAGAGCAAAGCAGGAUCAGGAACAAGAGCUCUUACUAGAGCUCAGUGAAGCUAAGGGAAUAUGCAGAGCAUAGCAAUCCCUGUAGUGAUUAUAGCUCCCCCCUCCAAACACGAGUCAAGGCUGUGAGUUGAGGAUCAAGUAGAACUGGUUUAAUGAGCAUAUAGAUCUUUCUUAUAUACACAUUUUCUUACAAGGUUACCACCCACGUGGUACACAGGACACAAAGUUACUACAGCCAAUCAACACAGUACAGUAAAGUCAGGCACUCCCAGCUAAGGCACACAAACCCUCCCCUCUGCCUGUGAUAUAAUUCUUGAACACAAUGGGCUAACUUAAUUACCACAGGCAGAAAAUAUACGAUUUUACCCCAAAACACAGAAACUCCCCAAAACAGCAUAUCUCCAUAAAUCAUACAUCCCUGGAUAACCCUUAUCUGGGUGAACAACAUAUCCAAAACUCACCAACCGCAAGCAUGGCUUUCUUGCCCAAAACAGUUCACAGAUUUAGGCUGUGCGGCCAGUCUAUCUUCUCCUCUAUCCUGGAGAUAAUUGGCUUAAAGGGACACUCCAAGCACCCAGACCACUUCUGCCCAUUGGAGUGGUCUGGGUGCCAACUCCCACUACUCUUAACCCUGCAAGUGUAAUUAUUGCAGAUUUUAUAAACUGCAAUAAUUACCUUGCAUGGUUAACUCCACCUCUAGUGGCUGUCUACUAGACAGCCACUAGAGGGCACUUCCUGGAUUCUAGCACAGGAAGUGCUAGAGCGUCGCUGGACGUCCUCACGCCACAAUAGCGAGGGCUGAUGAGUGUGGUGACAUUCUGUCAUCAAACUAAUAUGGUGACCAGGGGUCAUGUGACCAAGCUACAGUGGGAUAAGCUUUACCCUUUGAAAUGGUAAUUGUGUAAUACAAUACCUUUACAAGUCAGGAGAGAGAUAACCACUUCCCCCUUUCUCCAUUCCUCCCUGUUCCUUCUUGGCUGUGCUACUGAGCAGUCCCUUAAGCAGACAUGGCCUAAUUUCUAUCAUGGUGAACUGUGAGUGGGAUUUUAUAAGAUGUAGUUGUUAUUGUUGUUGGUAUAGUUAGUUAGAUUGUGUGUCAUUAUUUGUAUGUUGUUGUUUUGUCUCUGAAUAAAUAUUUGUUAAAGUAGACGGACCAGAGUUUAUAUGUGUAUGCGUACAUAAUAAUUUAUAGAGUUUGGUGAUACACCACAAUGAGAGAUUGAGGAGGGACAAAGCGUCUGGCAGUGUCCCUGGGACAACGCCCUGCUGGAGAAACAAUAGGACAGGAAAAAGGGGGAGGGGAAGAGGCACAUUUUCCCAUGGAUUUAAAGGGUCAAAAAAAAGUGUUUUGCAAUCCAAUAAGCCCAAAUAGACUUUUUAAAUGGCAAUACACCUCAGGGGCCAUAGUCACAGGGCAAGAGGUUGGCAAGCAAGCCUCUCCAAAAGUCAGUGGCAAAGUGUAGUUUGUCACACCAUGAUUCUAUGAAUGAAAUAUAUAGGCUGAGAUUCAUGGGAGUUGUAGUUCAGCAACAUCUUGAGGGCUGGAGUUUGGAGAAGCCUGAUGUAGACAGUUGGUCAAAAUUAUGGCUUCCAAGGAAAUCCCGAACCACUGGGUAAUUUUUGGAAAUGUUGGUACCCCAGAUCAGUGGAUGUGACUUUUGUGGAGUUUUUGUGUGUUUUGGAGGUAUUUGGGGGUUUUUGUUUUAUUGCCUGUUUCUGUUCAGAGAGAUAAUUCACUUAUAUGUUUGUGUGCUCAGGUAAUUAUCUCUCAGGCAUAGGGGAGGAGUAUGUUAGAUGUUUGCUUGUAACUAGUCUCCUCUCAGGUCCAGGGGGAGGAAUUAUCCUGUUUUGUGUGGGAGUGUUGUGGACAUGUUUGACUGUGUCUAAACUGUAUAAAAGCAAACCAUCUGGCCAGAUUAAAGGAUUCCAGUUUGUACUCCCAGAACUGUGUAGUCUGGUUACUGGGAGGGGAAAGAGCUAAUCACUGUUCUAGUGUGAAUGAUUCAACGGGAAAGUCCUUGUAAGGACUAGAGCUCCCAUCACUGAGUGCUGUCCAGUGCCUGGGGGUGGAUAGAGCGAGUUCCCCAUUCGGCUCCAGGAGGUAGUGGUUCCUUGUGGUUCCCCAUGCACCCCUACAUAUCGUAAAAUCUUACCUUUAUUCAAGUCUGCUGCUGGCUCUGCCCCUGAUCUGCCUCCUUGGCUGACAUCAUCAGUAGUGAUUAUAUUAGCCAAUCACAAUGCUUUACCAUUGGAAAGCAUUGGAUUGGCAGAGCUGGUCAAUGAGGCAGACCAGGGGCAGGGCCAGCCCAGCACAAGCCAAACACAGCUCUUGCCAAUCAGCAUUUCCUCAUAGAGAUUAAUUGAAACAAUGUAUUCAGUUCAGUGUCUAAAUGCAGAGUGUGGUCCUUAAGGUGGUAUGCAGUCCAGCAGUUCCCAUUUCUAGCGGAUGAUGACUCUCCAGAGGGUGAGGCCUGUUGUGAGAGGCCUUUGAGGAUAAAAUUGAAUUCAGAAGUCCGGAGAGGUCAUGGCUUUAUGACAUUUGGGAAAAUAGGGAACACCUACUGGAUCUCUUAGAAGCAACUGAUCUGAACCCUGAUUUGACCCAUCUGGCCACCAUGGAGUGGGAGUUUGAACUAGAUUACAGGCAAUUGUUUUACUCUGCAAAGCAACAGGUACCAGAGAUUGGGCAUUUAAUAGACCUUACAUCUGAGUAUGUUGGUCAGGUAGAUGUGGAAGGAACCAUAUUCUCCUCACCUGGUAUUAUCUCUAGUCUAGGUGAACUGGAACGGGCCAUAGGUCCAUGGUGACCGGUGUUCGCGGGAGUACCUGGCCGAAAUGAGUUCCAGGCACUUGACUACCACACCACGGAUGCCCUUUUCCCCAUACACAACACAAAUAAAUCCAAAGGCACAAAUAUCACAUCUGUUCCAUAACCUCUUACACAUGAGCCAAAGCUUAAUGCUGGGAGAAAGCUGUUUUUUUUGUUUGUUUUUUUUAAUUCUUUAUUUUUGAGUGCAUAAAGAAUAAGCAUUUACAUAUGCAUUUGCCAUGCCCCAACAGCAUGUACACACAAUAUGAUAAUGAACAUCAAUUUGGUAAGGCAUGGCAUGGGAACACAAUGCACAUUUUUUUAUAUAUAUACUGACAUAAACAUAAGUAGUUAUGAGGUGAGUAUCAAAAAUGCAUGACAAUCCCCUGUCCAUUCUCCCUAUUCUCCUGGUAUUGUUCCCAUAGGUCCCAUGUCCUGCCAAUUUUUUUGGUGGUGUGCCUGACCAGAGAGGUUAACCUGUCCAUUUGGUAGUUAUCCUUUAUCUUAGCUAUCACUAGUGCCAUGGGGGGCGUUUCCAGGCAGAGCCAAUUCUGCGCUAGCGCCCUUCGGGCCGCCAGGUAAAUCAUGUUUAACAAUUGUUGCUCUAGGCGUGGGAGGCCAUCUGUUGGCCUGGAGAGGAGGCAGGCCCAGGGGUCCAACCGCAGGGGUCUCUGCAAUAUGUUCAAGCUUAGGUUGGUGAUUCGAACCCAAUUAGCCUGUACUGAGGGGCAUUUCCACCACAUGUGCACUAAUGUGCCUUGUUCCCCGCACCCGUGCCAACAGAGAUCAGUGGGAGUGAUCUGCAUGCGGAAUUGUUUUAGUGGAGUGAUGUACCAUCUGAAAAGCGUUUUGAAUGAUUUCUCUUGGAGGGUGACACAUAUGGAUGAUCAUGCUGUGGCCUCCCAUAUGUCCUGCCAGUCGGAGCCCUCCAGUGUCUCUCCCAGGUCUGCCUCCCAUUGGUCCGUGUAUCGGAGCUCCCCCCACUCAUUGGCUUCCCCGCUAAGGUGUGAGUAUAGUGAUGAGAUAAGUCCCUUGGGGUGUUUUUCCGGAUAGCAAAUGUUCUCAAACCAGGUGAGGGGGAGGGUUGCCGUCUCCUUGACACCUUUGGAGCUAGCAAAAUCUCGUAUCUGUAUGUAGCGGAAAAAGUCCCUGUUUGUUAGGGGGGAUUCUUCCCUGAGCUGAUCGUAUGUGACUACUUGACCGUUUUUGUAUAGGUGGCAGUAUCUCUGGAUACCUGCCUUCUCUAGGCCCCUAAAGUCGCCUGUCGUCAUUCCCGGUGGGAAGGAUCUGUUCCUAAGCACGGGGGUCAUUGGGGAGGGGAACCUACUUAAAGAGUAUUUAGUUUCUAUUUGAUCCCAGAUUCUUAAGGAGUUUAUCGCCGGGCAGGUUAUCCUGGGGAGUGCUCUGUGUCUCUUGUGUAGCCAGUUUAUUUUGACUGAGUGGAGUCUGCCUAGCCAUGAGAUGGGUUUGUCUGUCCACUGCUCCAGGUCCCUUAGGAGUGUGCGAAUCAGUGGGGAGUAGUUAGUCUCGUGUAGGUGUUCGUGUUGCGCCAUGUUGUCAGUAGUGAUGGGUAGACAAUAUCUUUCAUAUAUUUGUGCUCUAUCCUGGGCUGGGAGGUGAAAUGGCAGUGCCAUGGAUUUGUUGAGGUUUACUUUAUAGCCAGAUAGGGCUCCAUACGUGGCCAACAGGUCCGUCAUGUGGCCCAUGGAGGUCAGGGGGUCGGUGAGAGUCAGCAGUACGUCGUCUGCGUACGCUGAUACUUUGAAGGUUUUCUCUGCUACCCGUAUUCCUUGUAUGUGUGGGUGUUGGCGUAUAGCCUACAGUAGUGGUUCUAAGGAGAUGGCGAGUAGCAGUGGCGACAAUGGGCAGCCCUGGCGUGUUCCAUUCUGGGGGUGGAAGGGGGUCUUUGUGGCCCCUGCAAUCAGGGUUUGAGCUCUCAUGUUUGUAUAUAGAGCGCGUAUGGCCUGGAUAUAAGCGGCUGGGAAUCCCCACUCUUCCAGGAGGCUAAACGUGUAUGGCCAUUGCACCCUGUCAAAGGCCUUCUCCGCGUCCAAGGAGAUGGCCAGUGAGGGCUUUUCGGAUUUCUGCAUGUACCAUGUUGAUACCGCCCCUCUACGUGUAUUUUCAUAUAGUUGUCUACCGGGGAUAAACCCCACCUGGUCCGGGUGGAUUAGGUGUGUGAGCAUCAGUGCCAACCUAGCCGCCAGGAGUUUUGCAUAUAUUUUAAGGUCCGAAUUGAUCAGGGAGAUGGGCCUAUAGUUUGAUGCGAGUUCAGUGUCUUUCCCUGGUUUUGGGAUGAGUGAGAUUGUGGGCUAAUGCCAUGUCGGCGUCGGCUGCGCCGCCCGUCAUAAAGUGGUUAUAUAAAGAGGUGAGGUGGGGGGCCAGAUCUUCUCAAAAUUUCUUGUAGUACCCUAUCUCGUAGCCGUCAGGGCCUGGGGCUUUAUUCCCUUUUAGGACUGCUAUGGCCAUUUUUACUUCUAAUUGGGAGAUUGGUUCCUGUAAGUUUGUGGCAUCCCUAUCUGUUAUCUCUGGAAGAUUUAUGCUGGCAAGGAAGGUGCGCAAUGAGGACCGUGUUUGUUCCAGUGUGCUUUGUGGGUGUUGGGCCUGACCGUAAAGGUUUGAGUAGAACUCUGUGAAUACCCUGUUUGUGUUGGGGAGUUGUUGCUAGUUCCCGAGUGAGCGUGCGUAUUUUUGUGAUGGGUUUGUAGUCCCCUCGGGGGCGUAGUGCUCUGGCUAAUAGGGAGUCCAUUUUGUUGGUCUUUUCAUAGAAUAAUCGCCUAGAUCUCUGGAUCGAGUGUGCGACCCCUUCUAGCAGAAUCCCUCUAAUUGAGUGUCUUAGUGCGGUGAGUUCUGCUAGUUUUUCGGUGGUGGGAUUAUGUUUGUGCUGCUGUUCUGCUUUUCGUAGGGCAGCCUGAAAUUCUAUCAGUGCUCGGGUGUUGCAUUUCUUUUUGUGUGUUGCCACUUUUAUGAAGUGUCCUCUCAUGACCGCUUUGUGGGCCGCCCAUGUCGCCACUGGGUCUACCUCCGGUGUGGUGUUUUGCUUAAAGUAUUCUGUGAUAAGAGUGCGCGCUGUUUAGUAAGCUUGUGUUAAGUCGCCAGGUCCAAGAGGCAGAGUAUUUGAGUUUGUCUAAUGUGAUCGAUAUAUCCGCAUGGUCCGACCAGGUGAUACUGCCUAUGUCGGAAUGCACUAGUUUGGACAUCCCUACACCGUUAAGGAAUAUGUGGUCUAUUCUCGAGUAUGUGCCGUGGGACGCUGAGUAGAACGUGUAGUCACGUGAAUCUGGGUGCUGGAGCCUCCAAGAGUCCAAGAGCUGUGUGUUGGUGAGGAAUGUAUGCAGUAGUUUUUCCUGUGCACCCCUCCCGUGGGACCUGGGUGAGCCUGUUCUCGUGCUCCUGUCUAUGGCUGGACUUGGUGCAGCGUUGAAGUCGCCCCCCACCAGUGUUAUCCCCCCCCCCCGUCAGUGUUUGUUAUUGAUGUGAGGGUGUCCCAGUAUGUAGGGUCUGGUACGUUAGGGGCGUACACAUUAAUGAUUCUUAUUUUUGUGCUGUGUAUCGUGCCUGUUACAACGAUGUAGCGGCCCUCUGGGUCAGCUUGUGUCCCUGUCACUAGGAGUGGGCAGGUUUUGUGUACUAGUAUUACCACUCCGGCGCGUUUGUGCAGUGUUCUAGCUUCGUAGGUCUGUGGGAAGUAUCUGCUUCUUAGGGUUGUUGGUGCUGUUUUGGGUAUGUGGGUUUCUUGUACGAGGGCAAUGUCGGUUUUGCGUGAUUUCAGGUCUCUAAGUAGAAGCCUGCGUUUAUUCGGGGUGUUUAGUCCCUUGACGUUGAGGGAUACGAUUUUUAGAGCCAUAUGUCGGGUGUGGCGCUAGUAGUGUAGUGAUGAAUUGGUGUGGUCACCCACUUUGUUGAGAGGUCAGUCUCACUCUCUUCAUGGGUGAAUCCCCCCGUCCGAGCUGCGAGGACCGAACACCGCGGUUUGUGGUGUAACCUUGUCUGUGGAAGCCUUUUGUGGUGAACCUGUACCGUGGAAGGAAAAUGCACAACGUAAAUAUAAAUAUAUACAAACUUAAACAUAAACACAGGCUCUGGUCUUACACGUCUGCCAGAGAGGACUGGGGCGUGGGUCUCCCCCGUCCAAGUAGUGUAUGUUUUCAGAUUUAGCUAUGUACAGUGAAUCUGUAUUUUGUGUAUGUGGUGAUGUGGCUGAGAUGCUGGAGCCUUAGUGGAGUCGCGCAGCGGGAGGGUCCGUAUGCGUCUCUGGCUCUGGGAAUGUGUGAGGUGUGGCGGUGGUGGUGCGGUCAGUAAGGUUGUAGGGGUGUAUGUGCUGUAUUGUUGGUGUGUGGCGUGCAUGUGUCGGUGGGCAAGCAGGCACUUGCAUUUGUCACAUUCGUUUGGAGCUAAUGAUGACCGUAGGUCCGGUCGUUGUGCCAUGGGGUGAGGUGUAGGGAAAGGUUGGAGCCCAGUUUCCCGGGCUGGAGUGUUGUGAUUACCCAAGAGUAGGUCAGGGGUUUGUGUUUCCUACCCCUUUCCUUAAAAAAAAAAAAAAACCCUGGCCUGUGUCACUAGGUGCUACAUACUUCGUAUACAGGUUGUGAACGUGCAGUUCAUUGUAAGGUUGAGAAGCGGCCUGUAGUUCAAUGUCCCAGUGUCAGGCCCUGCUUGGCUUUUUUUUAAAUCUCUCUUUUUUUGUUUGGGUGGUGUUGUCCGUGAGUUGCCCUUUGCUGUUGCGCCUUUCUGACUUGAGGCGACGAGGUGAUGGGUCGGGUCAACUGGGGGACCAUUGUGGUGUACCUGUGGCCUGCUGUACGGGUUGGGUCAGUCUUCGUCGUGUUGGGUUGGGGUGAGUUGCAUAUCAUCCCUGGGAAGUCCAGUAAUAAGUUGAAUAGCUCCUGCAAUUUUGCUUGUAUAUCUUCCGCCUCGGUUUCGUGGAAGACCUUGAUCCUGAGAUUAUUUCUGCGCCCCCUGCUAUCUAUGUCGUCCAGCGAUCUUUGAAGCUGAGACAUUUGGGUUUCGUGGGUGUCUAAACAGCUGGACAGGAUUUUAAGUUGGGCCUGUACUUGCCCCCUGUCUUCCUCCAAGUCAUGUACACGGUGGCCGGAUUUUAGCACUCAGUCCCUCCAUCUUGUGCUGGAAUGAGGUUUCAAGUUUCUCCAGCAUUGCUGUGAGGUCUGCCUUGGAGGGCAAAUUUUGGAGCAGGACUCUGUUGAGGCUGCUGAGGUCUCUGAUGCUGCAGGGCUGGGCGGAUUGAAGAGGUGUUCUCCCGCCAUCGGCGCCAUGUUUACACUGCUGUGUUCCGUCGUGUGGCCGGCAUGCUCUUUGAAGAAUUUAGAGACCGAGCCCGGUCUCUCGGGUGCUUUCCCGCUACCUGUGUGGGCGCCCUGGGUCCUUUUGGGGUUCCCCAUGCUGGUCGGUGCUCGUGCUCCUGCUGUUUUAGUGCCUGCGGUGCCGGAGCCGAGUUAACAUGUGGCCAUCUUCUCCGAUGGUCGGCCACGCCCCCGGGAGAAGGCUGUUUUAAUGGAAGCACAGGCAUCAAAUUUAUACAGUCAGUAAAAUCCUCCUCUGUACCUGAGAGAUAAUGGAGUCAGGAACUGUACAAACUCAAUUAUCUCCAGGGGCAGAAAAUUAUAACAAACUUCUGGAAUAAAAGGGAAUCAUGACAUGUCACACAUGUCAUGUGUCCUUAAGGGGUUAAACACCCCAAAAGUACCCCCCUAAAUGCAGGGAAACCCCACAAAAGUCAUUGUAGCUUGAAACCUGGUAACCCGACUGGUUACCUCCGCUAGUUCCCUUCCUUCAGCCGAUCAGGAACUGUUACAGGGUUAGGGGAUCUUUGAAGCUGAGACAUUUGGGUUUCGUGGGUGUCUAAACAGCUGGACAGGAUUUUAAGUUGGGCCUGUACUUGCCCCCUGUCUUCCUCCAAGUCAUGUACACGGUGGCCGGAUUUUAGCACUCAGUCCCUCCAUCUUGUGCUGGAAUGAGGUUUCAAGUUUCUCCAGCAUUGCUGUGAGGUCCAAAUUCUGGAAAGAGGUGUGUCUCUCCCUUCAAAUUCAACGCAAACUUUCAUCCGCCUAUCAUCCCCAAACUAAGGGCUGGACGGCACUCAGUCCUAGAAGUUCUUAGUCCUUACAAGGACUUUCCCCGCUGCAUCCCCUGCAAGCUGGACACAGGGGUUAAAUCUUCCGUCCCUCCAGUAACCAGAUGGAAAAAAGUUCUGGAGGUUAAAACAAUGACAAUCUUUAUUUGGAACACAUUGCUUUUAUUCACUGAGUGGGUCUCCAUUCAGUUCAACACAAUUCCAGGCAGGAGGGGGUUGGGUUACAGAUCGCAUUCUCUUGCACUAGGAGAUAUCAGCAGUACACAGGGGCACACAUUAAAACAUAUUACAUAUGGGGGGUGUCCUUUGUGGCUCAGCACCUUGGGAAGGGGUCACAUAGAUAAAACCUACAUCACUAGAUAACCCUGGGUCCCAUCUGGGAUCCCUGCAAAAAGCAGGGGAAAUUGGAUUUACAGAGCCCAAGAAAUCGUCUAAAUUCUGGGACUCGAGGGUCUGUACACCCCUGUACAGAAUUCCAUGAAGUUGCUUGGAUUAGUCUGGCGAAUUCAAACUUAGCGCUUGGAUUGCGGGAUAAAACUUACCAGGAAAGGUUAAAGGAUCUUAACAUGUAUAGCUUGGAGGAAAGACGAGACAGGGGGGAUAUGAUAGAAACAUUUAAAUAUAUAAAGGGAAUCAACACAGUAAAAGGAGGAGACUAUAUUUAAAAGAAGAAAAACUACCACAACAAGAGGACAUAGUCUUAAAUUAGAGGGACAAAGGUUUAAAAAUAAUAUCAGGAAGUAUUACUUUACUGAGAGGGUAGUGGAUGCAUGGAAUAGCCUUCCAGCUGAAGUGGUAGAGGUUAACACAGUAAAGGAGUUUAAGCAUGCGUGGGAUAGGCAUAAGGCUAUCCUAACUAUAAGAUAAGGCCAGGGACUAAUGAAAGUAUUUAGAAAAUUGGGCAGACUAGAUGGGCCGAAUGGUUCUUAUCUGCCGUCACAUUCUAUGUUUCUAUGCUUAAACCAAGCAACAACCAAUCAGCUGAAAGACGCAGAACAGAAUCGGGCCAAUCAGUUCGCAGGAAGGAGGGGGUUUCGCCGCCCAAUCAAGGGAAAUGGCGCAAAACCCCGUUUGAGCGGGCGCUCCUUCUCUGAUUGGUCGCCUGCAUCCUGCAACAGCCAGUCAGCGCUCACUCGUGCUGACCAAGCAGGAGAAUGGUGUGAACCCAGUUUUAAUGAGCGCUCCUUCUCCCAUUGGUCAGCACAGACUUCCAGGCGGCCAGCAGGACUUCUGUGGCUGUGUAGCAGACUCACAGCUCCAGGGAUUCCACUAGGGCUCGUGCCUCUCUCCAGCAGUUACCUAUACUUAGGCAGCCCCAGACAGAGCGCUCCUGGGCAGCCACGAGCCAGACCUCGUAGCUCCCGGGCAGAGGGAAACCGUGACCAUAGCUCCGUUGGAAAACGGGUAGGGCAGUCCCUAACAAGGGGACCUGAGACAGGAUAGGGCGGCAAAACUCCUCUCCUCCCCGAGCGCCAAUUGAUAUAAUCAAGUUUUGUGCCCCUUCGCCUAAUUGGGUGGCAAAACCCCUCUUCUCCCUGCGAGCUGAUUGGCACGAUUUGGUUUCUCGUGUUUCAGCUUAUUGGUUGUUGCUUGAUUUAGGUGCGAAGUUUGAAUUCGGGAUACGAAUGCUGCCUCUGGUUGGUGUUCAGUUAUACGAACCGGCGUCCACCCAGGGGAAGCACGCGUCGCUUGUGGUUUUCACACCUCAUUAUGAGGUGUGAACGUUCUAAAUAGACAUUCUAAAUUAGGUGUUGAGGUGGUCCCUGUUCAGGAACUCUCCUGAACGGGGAUAAGGUAAAACACGAAUACAACACAAUUACAUAUAGAUACAUGGGGAAACACAUGAAAAUAAUCAUUGGGAACAUAAAGUACAAGGCCGUAUGAAUAUUCAGAGGGCAUGGCACUUAGUGGCAGUGGCCUGUUACAGUCAUAUCCCGUUCGGUAGUUUUGGAUCACUAUCGGAGGGAAGGUUUGUCCGGUCUGCCACGAGGUUGAAGCUCAAAAUAGUUAAAGGGAAAUUGUGGCCAGAGCCAGUCUCCAUUCGUGGGGUAGAGGAAAGCUGGGUUGUGUAAAAUGCUCCCUGUGUUCAGUAUUCUGUAACUCCUGAACGUAUUUGUCUAGGUGAACUGGAACGGGACAUAGGUCCAUGGUGACCGGUGUUCGUUGGAGUGCCUGGCUGAAAUGAGUUCCAUGCACUUGACUACCACAUCCCACUGCCAGCAUUCAGGAGACAAGAUGGCCGCCAUCCAUUGUCCCAACCACAUGCAUUCGUAUGUACGAAAUGGCGGCCACCCAGUGGAGCAUUCUAUUAUAUUUUGUUUUCGUACAAGAUACAUAAAGUUCCAUGUUUUAAUUGGUUUCUGGGGUGGUCUCGGUUCGGGAACCAAACAAACUAGACUAAAUAACCAACAGAACUAAUCCAAACAGCCGAAAGGAGCUGAUGGGGUAUUCCUUGACAAGAAGUAGUCGGUGUAUGUCCCCAGCGGUGGUGUGAGUUACAGGGAGAGGAGAUAGUCAGUCUCUCUCCCCAGCGGCAAAGUGCAAUUCAGGGAAAGGAGAUGGUCAGUCUUUCUACCCAGCGGCAAAGUGUAACCCCAGCAGAAGAGCUGGCCUCUGCCCACAAAUUGCAGCAACGCUGUAAAUUGAGAGUGAGGAGGACAGCCUUUUGGUGAUGGUGGAGCUGGUGGAGUACACCACCACCCCAGCUGAAGCGCUGGCAUCUGGACAGAGUGCCACUUGCCUCUGCCCAAACCCACUGGUAGCCCACAAGCCUGAGGAAUGAGAUACAGCUGGCCCUGAGGAAGAGUUGAUCCCCGGGCAAAGCACCGCUAACCUCAGCCCUUUUCCACAAGCACUGGGGAUCUCUAUCCAGUAUAGGUGGAUGGGACUAUGGUCUCUACCUCUGGUCCCUGGGGAGGCUCGACAGUGAGCUUCCAUCCCCAAUCCUAUGUCAGAGGUGGCCCAGUCUGCCUUCCCUCCAGUGGCUGAGAGAUUAAUUGAGACAGGACAGUGGGCACACAUCACCAGCGGCAGGUAUAUUCUUCAGUAGAUGCAGAGGUCGGCUGGGUGAGUGCUCCUCUUGCAUGGGUAAUUUGUGUUGGGUACCGAUUUGGUGAUGGCCUUGGUGGGCUAGAUAUACUGACUAACUUCGGAGUCAACUCCCCUGUAUUGGUAUCCUUCCGAAGGGGGAGAAAUAUACUGGAAACUAUCCUGGACUAGAGAGACAGGGUUCCAGAUUUGCUAUUGGGGUGUGUGGGUGUCACGGUAGCCCCCUGAGAGUGGAGUCAUAUGGGGAUAGAUUUGAGUUUGGGAAGGGGCAUGGCAGAUCCCCCUUGCUUAUUAGGGGCACAGGGUGACCAGGAAGCCCAGUCUGGGAAGCCGGCCCAAACCAGACAUCCAUGGAAUGAUUCUCUAUGAGGACUCCAUGUGCCCGACAGGGACAAACUUACAAACUAUGUGGAACUUUGUUGAGAAGGCUGCCAGGAUGGAUGGACCUUUUGGCAUUAACUCAGGCACAGACCGAUUGGAGGUCUGGUACCUGGUUAGUCUACCUGUGGGGGAGUCACCAUCACUGGGGAUGGAAGACACACUAUAUUUGGGUCCCCAGAUUCAUCUUGUGUUUUGGUCACUGUGGUGGAACAUACUGCUUCUUUAGACUGUUUUACUUUUUAUAUGUUCAGGUGUUAUUUUACCCAAACCUGUGGCAGAAUAGCCACCUGUUCGUGAAUCUCCCUUCUCUUUUACACGUGUUUCCCCUGCAUUUUCGUUCAUUGUUCCCGCUCCCCGUUCAGGAAUGCUUUCCUGAAAGUAAUUCAUUCACCUCCCAGAUACCUAAUUUAGAAUGUUCACACCUCGGCAACAUAAGUGUCAAAACCGCAAGGAAAACAAUUGAUGAGUGUUCUCCUGGGUGGCCGCUGCCAGGGGAGCAUUAGUGGGUGUUUCCUGGCUCAUUCGUCUCCUGAACAAGGACCUCCCCAGUGCCAUAUUAAAAUGUUCACACCAAUUAAUCAGGACGUUCGCACUCGCAACAUAAGUGUAAAUCUGCAAGGGAAGUAAUUCAUGAGUGCUCCCCUGGGUGGUCGCCAUUCGUAUAGACUAACACCAGCCAGGGGAAACAUUCAUACCCCGAAAGGACAUGCUUCCCUUGUCUGGGUUUCACACUGGGACCUCGUGAACAGGGGCUAGUUGAUGAAAGGACCGUUGUGAGGGUUGGUGUGGGCACUGUUGGGGCUCUGACGAGUUUAGCCGGCUUUCCUGAGCCUGAGUGACAAAGAGACCAGCUCUUUUCCCACGGGCGGGCUUUUCUGUGCCUGGGAGACAAAUGGAUGGUCUCUUUUUCACAAACCUGGACUCCCAGGCACAGAGGCUCAUGGGAAGAAGACCCUUUGGGGUGGGAAUCCCUGUCUUUUUAGUGGUGGGCUUUGGGGGAUCCUGGGAUGUGAACCAGCUAUUCAAACAACGUUGAGGAGAUGGGAACUUCCGACUGGGGGAGCAUUUAUAGUUACAUAGUUACAUAUCUGAAACGAGACUUGCGUCCAUCAAGUUCAGCCUUCCUCACAUUUGUUUUUUGCUGUCGAUCCAAAAGAAGGCAAAAACACAGUUUGAAUCACUUCCAAUUUUGCAACAAGCUAGGAAAAAAUUCAUUCUUGACCCCAGAAUGGCAGUCAGAUUUAUCCUUGGAUCAAGCAGUUAGUACUCUACAUUGAAAGAUUAUAUCCUUGAAUAUCCUGUUUUUGCAAGUAUGCAUCUAGCAGCUGUUCGAACAUCUGUACGGACUCUGAUAAAACCACUUCUUCAGGCAGAAAAUUCCACAUCCUUAUUGUUCUUACAGUAAAAAAAACCUUUCCUUUGCCUUAGACGAAAUCUUCUUUCUUCCAGUCUCAACACAUGACCUCGUGUCCUAUGUAAAGUCCGGUUUGUGAAUGCAAUGGUUUGUAUUGGCCCCGAAUAUAUUUGUAUAAUGUUAUCAUAUCCCAUCUCAGGCAACGUUUUUCUAAACUAAAUAGGUUUAAAUUUGUUAACAUUCACUCCCUGAAACUAAAGGAAUACGGUGUUCGCACAGGAACCCACAAACUGAUACCGGCUGGGACACCUAUUCCUUUGGAACGGUUUUCGGCUUUCACCUCGUGGACGGCCAGUCAGAACUUCACCCCGAUGGUGAUUCCAUUCUACUGAACGGAUCUGAGUGCUGUUUAGCCAAGUUGGGUGGCCAGACCAGGGCUAUCCGGGGAUAUAACUAUUGUGGGGUUCCUGUUCAUAUUGGGGGUACUUUUAGGGGAUUGUAUAAUAUUUUAUAUAUUUUCCUGUAACUGAGAGAUAAUUGAAUUAUAGCUUUAUGACUCCAUUAUCUCUUAGACAUAGAGGGUCCUGGGGGGGAAAAACCUUGUAAUUUUGCUAUUGAGACCCCGUGCUAGGGGUCAGUGCAUAAACGUUGUGUGUGGCCAAAUAAAAAUUCUGUGUGAUCAGUUGUGUCUCUCUGCUGGUGUUAAUAAUUUAGCAAUUCUUACUGCGUUAGACAGUGUGUGUGAUUAGUUGUCUGUCUGCUGGUAUUAAGUACGUUAGUGGUUCAUACUGUGUUAGACAGUGUGUGAUCAUUUGUGUGUCUCUGCAGGUAUUACGUAACUUAGCAGUUUUUACUGCAGUUUCUGGAAUUUUGUGUCUGUCUGCAGGUGUUCUUAUUGCUAACAAUUUGUGAUUUGGCAGUUUGUUUGAUCAAUCCUCACUCUGAAAGAUUUUAUGUCAGGGGACACUUUGUCUGUGACAGUCUCUUUGCAGACAUUGUGUGUUUGUUACCAGUUGUAUGUGUGUCUCAGUGGACAGUCUGUUUGCAGACAUUACGUAAUAUCUUUCACAUGUAGUUGUGUCUCUCUCUCUUUCAGGGGACAGUCUCACUGCAGACAUUAUAUGAUAGACGUGCAGUCUAAUGGCUGUUAUGUCAUCAUAGGAGAGAACAUCGCUCACAGUACCCUGAAUGCGUUAGUGCAAUAUCAUCAACAGACUGGCAUCCAGCCAUACGGUGAAAUGCUGGGUGGGCCCUGUAACAAGGUACUGGCUUUAUAGUAUACUAUCUGCAGGACAAUAAUUAUUACUUAUUCGGUAUACAGUUUAAGAAACGGUUCUUCUUAUAAAUAAUAAUAAUAAAAAAAUAGAAUUAAUAUAUUACAAUGUACAAUGUCUUAGAAGUUUACCCUGGAGAAGCUUGUUAUUGCGGGAUUAUCACACUGGAGAAGCUGGUUAUUGGUAGUUAUCACACUGGAGCUGGUUAUUAGGAGAGAUCACUCUGGAGCAGCUAGUUAUUGGGGGAUAUCACACUGGUGCACCAUAUCUUAUGGUACCGUUAUAGAAAUGUAUGGAGGAACUUUGGUCCGUGAUGAAGUAACGGAUAAUAAUUAUCCUUAAAAAAAGCUUUUCUAUAAAUUAGCCAACGAACUCCGUACCAGCGAUCUACCAUCAACAAAUAAGUAACAAAAAACAAGGAGAGGUGGUAAACCUGUUUAUAAAUUCAAAGUUAAUAAAUAAAGAGUAGAUACAAAAGGACGGUAGUAGAAUUGAAUAUAGACAGCCUCUCUCCCAUGUAAUUACCCUGACGAAGGUGCAAGUAGGUUAGCACCGAAACGCGUGUCAGGUUGUUCUCAGCUAUGGGUGCUUGAUUCACUUCAUGUUGUUUUUUAUACUAUUGGUUAUUUUUCUACUUGUUAUUCAUGACUUAAUUUAGUCAUUUUUUUUCUACUCACUUUUUUUUCUCCUUAUGCCUAUCUAGUUAGAUUACAAGGGAGAGAGGCUGUCUAUAUUCAAUUCUACUACUGUCUUUUUGUAUCUACUCUUUAUUAACUUUGAAUUUAUUAACAGGUUUACCACCUCUCCUUGUUUCUUGCUACUUAUUUGUUGAUGGUAGGUCGCUGGUACUGUGUUAAUUGGCUAAUUUAUAAUAAAGCUUGUAUUUUUUAAGGAUAUUUAUUAUCCUUUACUUUACCACGGACCAACGUUCCUCCAUACGUUUAUUAUUGAUCCUGUUGUCUUUCCAGGUAGCUAUUCUCUACGUUUCGUGUGAGAUGUGCAAUUUUUAUUUUUUCAUAUAGACCCAAUGGUCCUGAUAGUCCUGCUGGACCCUUUCAGAUGUCUGCUUCUUAAAUUUAGUGAGUUCAUUCCUAGAUUUCAACAAUUCUUCCUUUUUGUUGUAGCUUAAAGGGACCCUGUAAUCACCCAGACCACUUCAGCUAAUUAAAGUGGUCUGGGUAGAGUGUCCCUUUUGCACGUAGUGGUGCAAUGUUUACAUUGCAGCACUAAGUCUGCCUCUACCACACAGCCACUAGAGGGCUUCCUGCAUUAAAACGGACCUUUGGUCAGGUAUCUGAUGCUGGAGAGUCCUCACACUCUGCAUGAGGACAUUCAGUGUCAAAUUGUUCCCCAUAGGAAAGCAUUGGUUCAAUGCACAUUAGCAGCCGCUCAUCGCGGGCCCUCAGAAGGGGCAGAGCAUCGACCCAGCGCCAAGGUAAAUCGGUGCUUGGAUAAGAUAAGUAAAUAAAGGAUUUUUAACCCUUUAUUAACAUGUGGGAGGUGACAUGAGGGAGGGGGAGGCAGAGGGAGCUAUAGUGCCACAAAUACAGUUUUGUAUUCCUGGCACUUAUAGUAUCCUUUUAAGCCCAUUCGAUGAUAAUAAAAAUGCAUGCUCAGUUUCCAGAUGAAGAAUCUUUUUAUUGACUUCCACCGGAUCAGAUUUCAUAUCUUUAACCCCUUAAGGGCACAUAACGUGUGACUUGUCAUCAUUGCCUUUUAUUCCAGAAGUGUGGUCCUUAAGGGGUUAAAGGAACACUAUAGAAUCAGGAACUCAAACAUGUACUCCUGACCCUAUAGUGCUAAACCCACAUUUUAGACGGCUUGCCCCCCCACUAAGCCCCCUUCCAGUGCCGCGUGGGUCCACCAGCAGUGGCCCCGCCCCUUUGGUGACAUCAGAAUUGCAGGUUCAUCAACAAGGGGGCGGCCAGACGCCAAUCAGCACCUCCUCAUAGAGAUGCAUUGAAUCAAUGCAUCUCAAAGAGAAAAAAAAUCAGCAUCCCCAUGCAGUGCGUGGAGACGCUGGACGACAGGACUGUUACGGCUUCUGGCUCCUCUUCCGGCCCCUCUGCCGGUGUGGCUGCACAAAAACUAAGCAGCCAUGCCGACAGAGAUAUUUCUGACUGACCUUGGUCCCAGCGGGCAGCUGCCUGUCUCCAUCCGUUCCGGUCCCCAGUCUUAGAAACGCCGGCCGCUGGGGUCCGGAUUUUUAUAGGAAACUUACCUUCGCCCACAUCAAAGAUGGCUCCAAUGUUGAAGGGCACAUUUAAGACACAGCCAUUUAGUUUUUUUUCUAACUUUGAAGUUUUACGCUGUGUCCGUGUUCUAUUUUGGAGUAGUUUAGAUGCUUGGUUAUUGAAACUUCCCCACCUGGGGUAAUUCAAAAGGCAUAAUUUGAACCUUAGCGUUGGAUAUUUUUUUCUCUAGUUUGUUUCAGGUGUGGUGGUAAUGAGCAUUUUUAAAUGUAUUUUUUACUUUCUUAAACUUUUUUUACUUUUUAAAACUAGUUUUUAAACUAUUUUUUUGCUUAUUCAUUUUUUUAAACUUUCCUAGACUUUCUUAAAACUGUUUACAGAUUUAAAAUUUUUCUAAGCUUUUUUUUUACUGUUAACCCCUAACCAUAGGCGUGCACACAGGGUGGACACACCCUAAUCCCUGCGGCACACCUAUGGAUUGAGACCGGCAGGGGAGAUCUCGGGAUCUCCCCGUCGGCUAAUGCAGAGCCGGCGCUAUCCGAACGCCGACUCUGCUCUAAGCCUCCAUUGGCUGGUGAGGAGAUCAAAGAUCUACAUCACCGGCCCACAGCAGCAUGAAGGGAGGCAGGAGAGGACCCGAGGAGCUCUAUCCAGCAGCUCUGCGGGGUUCCUCUCGCGAGAGCUGAGCGUUGCCGCUGCAGUGAACUCUAGCCCGGCAGACCACCAUGGAUGGCAGCAGCAUGGUCGGUCCUCCCUACAUAUGGUAAGAAGGGAGGGGGGUAUUAACUGAUCUGCUAUUGUUAUUAAAACACUUUUUUAAACUUUUUUUUUUUUUUAACGUUAACACCUAGCUAGCCUAACACCCAAUUCCCCACUAAUUUCCUCCCACCCCAGCUAGCUAAACAUACCAUUUUAAUAUUUUUAAAUUAAUUAAAAAAAAAUCAGAUCACAGUAAAAUGUAUACUCUCCCAAUUGAUCACUGUAGUCCGUGAUCAGUUGGCAGGGAAGGGGUUAAUUUUUAUUUAAAAUGGGUAAACCGGGUGGGAUUAAACUUAUUUAAUUAACUUAAUUAACUUAAUUAAACCUUUUUUUUUUUUUUUUUACACAGGGAAGCAGAUCAUUACUAAUCCGUCUCCCUGCACGUUACACUGAACCCGGAAGAGCAGGGAGGCGGAUCUUGAGUCCCUGCAGCACAUGUGUUCUCUCUGACAGAUCACUGCUGCAGGGGCAGCUACAAUCGCGGCGGUCUGGGGUUAAUUUUAACGCAUGAUGGGCAAGGUCUGUCACCCGUAGUUAAGGGUCUCCCAAGGAUGACGGACCCCGUCCGUCACCCGUCAUUAAGGGGUUAAAAUGCCUGAAGGCAAUGAUUAUACUCACCAGAAGAACUACAUUAAGCUAUAGUUGUUCUUGUGACUAUAGGGUCCCUUUAAUAAUGAUGAGAAUUAAAUCAAGGGAUGCUUUAUUAAGAACACAAGUGUGGCAUUUGCCCGCCUAAUAGUGGGUAUUUUAAGUAUCCUGAACCCACAAGGGAUCCUUCUUGCCUUUCAGUAAUCUGCGAGAAAUAAGCUAUGUAAAUGUAAGUCAAUCUGUUUGUAACGGCACCCCAGGUAUAAAAGGGGUUAAAGCUGUUCAGGAUAUUCCCUUCCCGAAUGUAAAGGCAGCUACCGAACACUCCAAUCAGCCGAACAAGCAAACAUACGAAUACUCCACACUCCAAACAGCCGAACAGGAAAACAAUACAAAUAAUCCCCCCAUGUACGAGACGAGGCUCUGUAUUGAGGGUAAAGCAGGAAUCUGUUUAAUCUGGGCUACCUGUCAGCCUUUUAUGCAGGUCUUCCACCAGGUGGGCACUCCCCUAGGGGACCUGGUGGAAAACUGGGACAAAAUAGUACAGUUACCAAUCAGAGCAGUACAUAGAUAAACACUCCACUUUGGAUACUGUGGACCCUCCUCUCUAUCCUGGAGAUAAUUGGGAAGUAAAUCCAUUAUCUCCGAGGAUAGAGGAUAAACUCCAUUUUAGAAAUAUAGAGAAAAAUGCAUAAAAAUCUACAGUUUACAAACUUCUGAAUAUAACCCCCAUAGGCAUUAUAUCCCCAGAUAGCUUGGAUCCAAGCGCACAAUAUUACCGAAUAGCGCUAAGAUCCCACACAGUUCAAUCACCAUGGAGUCAAAGUCUUUCACAUAGUCUUUCGUUAUAUGAAUGGGCUCUAUGGGAUGGCUAUCUGGGGUGACUCCAUUCGUAGGGGAAAAGUACUGAACGAUACGGCGUUCGUAUGAACUGAAGAAUAGAAGAGGGGAGGUCGGCGGCUUCAGCGGUGUUCGUGAGAAAAUAGUGUCAGUUUUUAGUUCCACAAAAUCGUCGACGGACACGAUCGAUGACAACCCAGCCGACAUUCAACAAUUAGGAAGUGUCUGUGAUUAACCACAACAUUCUAAUGAGGCCAAGAGGUUAACAAGCAGCACACUUCCGUGCUGGGUGGCCGGCCGUUUGGCAGUUCUUUCGGUGAAAUAGGCAAUAAGUGUAGGGACCGUACGGACAGGGAAAUAGCCGAACAAACAGGCGAACAAAGGAGAAAUAAAAGUAGUUUAAAGUCAGAUGGGUCUGUCACACUGUUUUGGUUUGUUUUUGUUGUUGUUUUUUGUUUUUUAUAUAGACGUUAAUUUAAAAUACACAUCCUUGGAGGAAAGGUAAUGUGGCACUUUCAAGCUGGUUUAUUACCACACUAUCCCCUUGGCUUCCUCCUGGGUGAAUUGGAGUGUCUCUGCUUGCUAAAAAAAACUGUGACAGAUUCAUCUGUAAGACUAAUAUUGCUGGUUCGUCUAGUUUGCCUCCCAUUCGUGGAAUUGCCUGUCCAUAUACCCUUAUUCGUCUGUUUGACUCUUUACUGAAUGAACUUACCGAACGGACGGCCACCCAGAAGAGAAGUGUGCUGCUGGUUAACCUCUUACAUAGUUACAUAGCUGAAAAGAGACUUGCGUCCAUCAAGUUCAGCCUACUUCACAUUUGUUUUUUGCUGUUGAUCCAAAAGAAGGCAAAAAUCCCCAGUUUGAAGCACAAUUUUGCAACAAGCUAGGAAAAAAAUUCCUUCUUGACCCCAGAAUGGCAGUCAGAUUUAUCCUUGGAUCAAGCAGUUAUUACCCUACAUUGAAAGAUUAUAUCCUUGAAUAUUCUGUUUUUGCAAGUGAUCAUAAUUAAAACGUUGUGGUUAACCACAGACACCUCUGUAGUUGUCGUUCGUAUGUCGACCACGAGGCGGUGGCCAUUUUAAACCAUGCGAAAGACCAGCGGUGUUCAGCGCAGAUUCUAUGGAACUAAAAACUGACAUUUUUUCCGCCGAACACUGCUGAAACCACAGACCGCCCUUCUCAGUCGACAAGGCAUGCGAACACCGGCCGUUCGGGAGUUUGGAUUAUACGAAUGAACUGAAGCCAGAUAGCCUUCCCAUGGAGUCAAUCGCAUACCAGAAGACUGUAAAAGACUUUGACUCCCUGGCGAUUGAACUGUGCGUACGGGAUCUGAGCGCUAUUCGCUAAGAAUAUGCACUCAGAUCCAGGCUAUCUGGGGAUGUGUUACACAAAUAUAAUAUGUUCGGUAGUUGUGUAAUUAUUUAUUUUUAUGUGUUUUGCCUGUGUUACUUAAAAUGGCGAUUUGCCGCUGUCCUGCGAGAUAAUUGAAUUACUUCUCAAUUAUCUCCAGGGCAAAGGGGAGGAAACCAGGAUGCAUUUUGGGAAUAUUUUGUGCCUGUAUGUCUGAAAGUGCCAUGUGUCUGUCUGCCAUUACAGUCUCCCAUUUGGUCCCCUAGGGGAGUGUCCACCAAGUGGGAGACCUGCAUAAAUACGGGCGGGUAGCCCACAGUUAACCCAGUUCUUGUUUUACCCACAAUGCGGAGCUUGGUCUCGUUAUUGGGGGGGAUUUACUACACACGGAUAGCAACUGAUUGCUGAAAGCGUAAGCCGCUUGGAAGAUAUAUUGGUUCGGCUGUUAGCAGCGAUUCGUGGGUUUACCUUUUGGGAGUUGGAGUACCCGUACGGGUCCCGUUUGGGAGAUUGGUGCAUUCCCCUGAUUGCAGUUCGUACAGUUGGAGUAUAUACGAAUGGAGCUUGCAGUAUUGCGAAAGGGGAAGUUUAACUAAACAGUGAUUUCACUCCAGUAUGCCAGGGGUGUUGUAACAAAUCACCUGGCACCCUGACUGGGUACCUCCGUUGAAGAAUGCUCCUAGCACUUCUUGAAGACUCCAAGCACUACAGCAGACAUCAAAACCACCGAACCGUAGGAGCAUAUGAAUGCUCUCAAGCAUAUGAAUGUUGUAUACAGCUGAAUAGGAGAAACCAUGCGAAUAGGUUUACACUCCUAGCAGUCAAACUGGAACAGCAUACAAUAAAUCCUCCCCCAAUAAUGAGACGACACUUCACUUUGAGGGUUAAGCAGGAACUCUCUGGACUGACACAUACAGCCUCUUUUCCACAAACUUAGUGCUGCCCACAGGGUUUUACAGAACAACCAAUAACACGUACAAUACUCACAGACACUCCCACACAAAAUCAUCCCCUCUGCCUGUGAUACAAUUACCUUACACAAUGGGUAAUCUAAUUAUCACAGACAGAGAAAUACAGUUUCAUAAAACACAUCACAGGGACCGCAAAACAUGCAAUAACCCCAUUAAAAUAUAUAUCAUUGGAACCGGGGGAUCUGGGUGAACCACAUAUCCAAAAUUCACCCAGAUCCGUUCAGUACUUUGGAAGAUACAGUUUAAUGCAGAUUUUACAGAACAUAUGCAGGCUAUAUGAAAAACAAUUACUGUAUAAGGUGUCCCCUGUUGUAUAGUCCAAAACCACUGCACGAUGGCUCUGUGCACCAAAUACUGGCGAGAUGGCACCGUGUUGAAAAGUCCAAACAGUGUCUGUGAGUUAAAAUGGCCGCCAUCCAUUGUUCUCACCAUGUGCUUCAUCCAUUGUUCUCACCAUGUGCCUCUGAUACAGGAAAUGGUGGCCACCCAGUAACUCCACAGUAUGUCCCCAGAUGGUUCUUAAAGGGCCAGCAGCAGCACAACACAAAUCCAUUAUGCCCAAAUCAUGUAUUUAAAGGGCAAUACAUCCCAGGGGCCAUAGUCACAUGGCAGGAGGCUGGCAAUCAGUCUUCUCCAAUGCCCAGUGACGAGGUCGGUUUCGCCACAUUUCUCCCCUUUCCCAAAAAGACUAACAAGGUAUCUGACCUCCUGUCGGUCAGUGCCUUGGUUAGUCCAGCAACCCACCCACAAAAGAGAAUCCGCAGUAUAACCCACCCACGAAAAUUGGUUACUACACCUGGAGUAGUGGAUCGCUUGUCCAGGUCCAGGAGCUCGACCUUGGCUCUGGGGGGUACUAGCACACUGGAUCGAUGGGUUGCUGGGUGGGCAGAGACCAGCGGUACUCUGCCCUGGUGCCAGCGCUACCACGGGAGUAGCCUGGUUGGAGCCCAGGUGAUGGAACGGCGUAGUAAGCUCCUCACUCCAGACCUGGGUCUGCUGCUGGAGGGGAAGACAGGCUGUCUCCCCUUUGGAUAAACAGCCCUGCUGCAGGGGGACAGGACCGACUGUCCCUACACCCUGUGGUUUGGGCACAGAGACCAUGGUCCCAUCUGCACCGGUGUGGGGCUUAUCAUCUCCCCUUGGUGGGCUAGGCUGCCGCUGGGGAGGGGGAACGAGACUCCCCCCUCCUGGUAGAAUACUCUGCCACUGGGGAGCAGGACCGACUGUCCAUACUCCCUGUAGCUUGGGUGCAGAGACCAUGGUCCCAUCUGCGCCGGUGGGGAACUUAGUGUCUCCCCUUGGUGGGCUAAGCUGCCGCUGGGGAGAGGGGGUAACAAGCUUCUCUCCCUUACACACUUUCAGCCGCUGGGGAAAGGAGACACUGCUCUCUAUUCCCUGCAAAUCACAGUGCCGCUGGGUAUCUGAGCCGACCGCCCAGCAUCCCUGUAGCUCACCUUGCCACUGGGGAGGGAGGACGCUGCUCUUCACUCCCUGCACUUCACACUGACGCUGGGGAAAGGAGACACGGCUCUCUAUUUCCUGCAAAUCAAUCUGCCGCUGGGGAUUCUGGGCUGACCGCCCAGCAUCCCUGUAGCUCACCCUGCUGCUGGGGAGGAAGGACGCUACUCUCCUCUUCCUGCAAGGUACACUGCCGCUGGGGAGGGGAGACGAUGCUCUCCACUCCCUGCACUUCACACUGCCGAUGGGGGUCUGGGCCGACUGCCCAGCAUCCCUGUAGGGCCGGUAGAGAGACCACCGUCCCAUCUCCACCUGCCAUCUGUGGGUCUUCCCAGGACCAGUCUGUGAAGUCUCUCAACAUUUGCGAGUAAGGACCACCUGCUUCCGCACCUCGCAACUCCGGCUGCUGCUGGGGAUCUGGGCUGGCUGCCCAGCAUCCCAGUGGAGAGACCUCGGUCCCAUCUCCACCUGCCUGUUGUGUUUCCUCACAGGACCAGUCUAUGAGGACCCCUACUUCAGGUUCCUCUGGCCGCCUCAGGGGGAGAUGGCUAGCCUCCUCGGUUGCAGCCUCUACUCGGCUGCUGUAACACUCCUUCCGCUGAGCAUACUCUCUCUCUUUCGCCAGCCGGAAUUCUCAGGAUAGCCUUGUGUUUCGCUCGGCCGUAACCUGGUUCCAGAUCACCCGACGUACCUCCAUGGGUAGAUCAUCCCCAUACUGGGCCACUCGUUGCCUCACCUCGGCCAUCCAAUCAUCGCCAGAGCCUUCCAUACUUGUCUGCUCCAAGUCGCUGGAUACCUCUGCUCCCAGGGGCGCUGCACGUGUGCUAGCGUUGCCCUCAAUUUGUAACUCCACGAAUGGUGUCUCUGAGCUGCUUUACCUCGCACUAGGACGCCAUCCCACCGCUUGCCACCAAUGUAACGGAUCACCUGGCACCCCGACUGGGUACCUCAGUUGAAGGAUGCUCCUGAGGACUCCAAGCACUGCAGCAGACACCGAAACCACCGAACCGUAGGAGCAUAUGAAUGCUCGCAAGCAUAUGAAUGCUGGAGACAGUUGAAUAGGAACCAUACGAAUAGGUUUACUCUCCUAGCAGUCAAACUGGAACAGCAUACAAUAAACCCUCCCCCAAUAAUGAGACGACACUUCACUUUGAGGGUUAAGCAGGAACUCUCUGGACUGGCACAUACAGCCUCUUUUAUUCCCAAUCCACAAAUUUAGUGCUGCCCACAGGGUUUUACAGAACAACCAAUAACACGUACAAUACACUCAGACACUCCCACACAAAAUCCUCCCCUCUGCCUGUGAUACAAUUACCUUACACAAUGGGUAAUCUAAUUAUCACAGAGAAAUACAGUUUCAUAAAACACAUCACAGGGACCCCAAAACAUGCAAUAACCCCAUAAAAAGUAUCCUUGGAACCGGGGGAUAUGGGUGAACCACAUAUCCAAAAUUCACCCAGAUCCGUUCAGUAUUUUGGAAGAUACAGUUUAAUGCAGAUUUUACAGAACAUAUGCAGGCUAUAUGAAAAACAAUUACUGUAUAAGGUGUCCCCUGUUGUAUAGUCCAAAACCACUGCACGAUGUCUCUGUGCACCAAAUACUGGCGAGAUGGCACCGUGUUGAAAAGUCCAAACAGUGUCUGUGAGUUAAAAUGGCCGCCAUCCAUUGUUCUCACCAUGUGCUUCAUCCAUUGUUCUCACCAUGUGCAUCUGAUACAGGAAAUGGUGGCCACCCAGUAACUCCACAGUAUGUCCCUAGAUGGUUCUUAAAGGGCCAGCAGCAGCACAACACAAAUCCAUUAUGCUCAACUCAUGUAUUUAAAGGGCAAUACAUCCCAGGGGCCAUAGUCACAUGGCAGGAGGCUGGCAAUCAGUCUUCUCCAAUGCCCAGUGGCGAGGUCGGUUUCGCCACAGGUGUCUUAACAAAAACCUCAUCCAUUCUGUCCAAAGUCAAUUUAAUCUAAAAGCAAUAAAAAAUUCAGCUAAAUCCUAGACCAGCGGUUCCCAAAUUGUGGGUUGCGACCCACUGGUGCACGCUGACCCACACAUCCAGGGCCACCAGCUCGUUAGGCAGGCAGACUGACACCAGGAGGGAGCCCGGCGGCUUGCCCUGUAUGCCGCCGGGCUCCCUCCAGUCAGUCUGCCCAGUACCUUUUAAUAAAUUCCCUAGUGGUCCUGUAGUUCUCCAGUCUAAGCUCCGCCGGGUGCAGAGCUGCAGACCGUGUGAUAGAAGUCUCACGAGCACCCAGAGCGUUUCCAUGGCAACACUCUAGGAGCUCGCAAGACUUUUAUUAUACUGUCUGCAGCUCUGCACCCGGCAGAGCUUAGACUGGAGAACCACAGGACCACUAGGGAAUUUAUUAAAAGGUGGGGCACAGACCCUACCCUCCCCUCUUCACUCCCUGCCCCCCUGUUACCCCUUCACUCCCUGCCCCCCUGUUACCCCUUCACUCCCUGCCGCCCUGUAACCCCUUCACUCCCUGCCCCUCUGUAACCCCUUCACUCCCUGCCCCCUCAAUGUAACCCCUUUACUGGUUGCCAUGGUGUGCCAAGUGUAAGCCUCUAAAACCGAUUGCCAUAGUGUGCCAUUUUUAUGCCUCUAAAACUGAUUGCCACGGUGUGCCAGUUGUAUGCAUCUAAAGCGGAUUGCUAUGGUGUGCCAGUUGGGUGCAUCUAAAGCGGAUUGCUAUGGUGUGCCAAUUGGGUGCAUCUAAAGCGGAUUGCUAUGGUGUGCCAAUUGGGUGCAUCUAAAGCGGAUUGCUAUGGUGUGCCAGUUGUAUGCAUCUAAAGCAGAUUGCUAUGGUGUGCCAAUUGGGUGCAUCUAAAGCGGAUUGCUAUGGUGUGCCAAUUGGGUGCCUCUAAAACUGAUUGCCACGGUGUGCCAAUUGUGUGCCUCUAAAGCUGGUUGCCAUGGUGUUCAUGGUGUUUUAAAAUAUGCAUUUAAAGCAAGUGGGUCUCGAAAAAUUACAGUUUUGAAAAGUGGGUGUCGGCCCAAAAGGUUUGGGAAGCCGUGCCCUAGACAAAGCAAGGUGCCGGUGAAUAGGGGGAGUUAGAGCAAAUAGAAAUAUUGCUAGAAAUCUAUUCUAGUCAUGUAUACUAACUAAAUCUAGUCCACGUCCCUAUAAUACAGUUUUAUAGAAGUUUGGUGUAGAGUUAAAUUAUUAUAGAUUUCAUUUUUAAGCAUGUUAACAUUAGACUGUUAGAAACUUGUGCCCAAUGCUGGUCAGUCGUGCUCUGUUAAGUAGUGAAAAUAUAUUCUAUUAGUCAUUACCUGUGUUUCAGCAGAUUUUUUUUUUUUUUAAAGGUUAGCAAGUGGAAGCCAGACACUGAAGAGUUGAAAUUUCUUACUAGGACAUUGUCACUAGGGGAUGAGAAUGCACCUUCUCCACGAGGGUCACAGAGCGAAUCUAGCCCACUGCAUUCAGAUUAUUCCUCACACGAGGAUUUCAUGAGACCACUGGCUGAGGAAUCUCGCCGGCACCCACAUCUCUACAGGUCAAUCCGACUCGCAAUGCGUGAAAUUCAGCAGGUGGGUAUUCCUUAUUACAAGAUGUAUCAAUCUCCCUCACUAUAAUUAUGGUGAGUUCCAUGCAAUCUAGAAACAGUGAUAAGCAAGCACUACGCGGGAUAAUAAAACACAUGAAUAUACGGUCACCACUUUAUUUUAUAAAAUAUUUUACCAGAAAAAAUACAUUGAGAUUUCUCUCGUUUCCUGGGUCCACAAAUCAUUGCAUUGUUACAUUAGGGUACAAUAAAAUACAAAAACAAUAUUAAUACACAAUAAAUACAAAAUUUACCAUAGAACAGGUAGGAAAUAUAUAAUCAUCCAUGACGGGUGCAUUCUGUUUUGAGGUAUGUAGAGAGGGAUCUCUUAAAGGACUCUAGGCUUGUAACCAUAGCACCAUAUGGGGAUUUAUGUGUUUACUGACAUUGUAUAUUGUUGCCUUGUUUAUGGUCUACAAAUGCCAGGUACACAUGACGGGAUAUUAACAUGUAUAUAUUUAUUUAUUUUUUGCCAAGAGUCACUCAUUUAAUGUCUGCAGCUGUGUCAGCUAAACCCUCCUUCUAAACAUUACUGGAAGUUUCAGUGGGUCAUACCAUACCUACAGUCUGGGAGAGUGAAUUAAAUACAUUUUACUGUGAGGAUUACACUAGCAGUCCAGAGAUUGCUAUAACCCUGUUUAAAUACCUGUAUUUUAGAAAUAUAUGAUUGAACUGUAAUUACUGUACAUGGGCAUUAUGUAAAAAUUGCAACAGGCCUUUAGUUGCAAUUUGCACUAAGCCAUGCUGCUAGUAAUACCUUCAAGGUCCUUACAAAAGAUUGCAAGAUAAAGGACACUGUUAUACUGUCUAAAGCUUUUCAUUCACAAAUCCUUUCUAUAAAGAUGAACGGAUAAGUGAAAAAUACAAAUUGUGGUUUUAUUCUACAUGGUUUUGGAGUAUAGAAUGCAGUUUUUUUUACCCCAUAUUUUGCGUGUGUCCUAUAUUCUAAGUGUGUGUGAGCCCCAUCCAGCAGCCACACGUUUUAUGUCACAACUACUCAGCAGGCUCACGUUCCACUUGCCCUCUGCAUUUUUGGAUAAACGUCUUAAAAGGGUUUCAUAUUUUGAAAAAAAGUCAAUAUUGUAAUAUUUAGAUAUUUUUUUUGCGUAUAUUGGUAUAUUUUUUUACAUAUGAUGUAUUUUUCUAUAUAUUAUAUUAAUAUAUAUUUUGAAAAAAAUAUUUUAAAGUUUAUCCAAAAAUAUUAAAUCAAUUAAAAUGCAUAUGCAGAAAUGUCAAGGCUUUAUCUGGCAAUGCAAAUUUUGUUUAAAAAAAAGAAAUUAGAAAUACAAUAUUUUCUGAACAUAAUACCGAUUCAGGAAGCUUUCCAAAUGGUUUAAGACUGUUCUAAAAACUUCAAGAUGAUUAAUCUACACAAAUUCCCAAAGACUUUAAUGGUGACUCCAUUGUAGAUCAAUCAUCUGAAAAUGUCUCCAACAAUAUUAAUUCAUUUAGAGAGUUUAUUCAAUCGAAGCUUAAGUCAGCAAAGGAAUCCUCAUAUUUCCAUGGACCAAGUUUCAUUUUAAUCUUUCUCCCCAACCCCACAGGCCUCUUCUCAAUUUACAAGCAACACCGACCUGUCCAACAAGGAACACAACUGA